AUGGCCAUUCUUGUUCAACAUAAUAAACUUCCAGAAAACAAGUCGAUCAAAAGAAAACAUCAAGACCCAAAUAAUGUUAAUGCUGAUGUCAUGAUGUUCAAUAACAAGAAGAACAAGAAGCAGAAGAAGAACAAACAAGAAUUACUAGUAGUAAAAGCUGGGGAUCAACAUCCUGACGAUGUAAACGAAGACAGACUCACAAACUUGCCCGAACCCAUAAUACUUAAUAUCCUUUCGUUGCUUGAUAACCACAAAGAGGUCGUUCGAACAUCCGUGUUAUCUAAAUCAUGGGUUUCUCUAUGGACUUGGAUCCCCGUUCUCACUUUUGAUUCUUGCGGUACUAAACUUCGUAAGUUUGAUAAGAUUGUUACAAAGGUUUUAGGUAAUAAAUCCGUAAAGUUGAACAAGUUAACCUUCAACCGUGGUGGAUCAACUAGUGCCAAGAUUUUGAACACGGUGUUUGGUUAUGCGUUUUCGAAUGGUGUCAAAGAGGUAGAAGCAACUAUCAAUGGGAGUAGAAACUAUGCUUGGCCAGAUUGCUUGCAUAGUACUAGCUCGGAUUCUUUAACACACUUAAAAUUAAUAAGUAGUAAUAAAACAAUUAGUUGCGAGUUUUUGGGACAAAGAUCAGCGGGGCUGUUCAAGAAUUUGACUAAUUUAUAUCUACAAAACGCGAGUAUUUUGGAUCCUGACCCAUUCUCAGGGUUCCCGGCAUUGGAGAAGUUAACUUUGUACGAAUGUUGGUUUAAGCGCACAUUGAAUGUACGUGCUUCACAACUUUCGGCAUUAACCAUCAACGACCAAAAUGAUUGUUGUACACUUGAUCGUUGUCAGCUUUUAACUCCAAAACUCAGAGUCUUCAAGUUUCAGAGUUUUUCCACCAUCCCGGUGUUUGUAACGCCUCAAGCUCUUCCUGUUCUUGAUGAGUUUGUCUUCGAUCAUCGAGGAUCAUCUUCUAGUCUGAACGAGAAGCAAACUUUCCAUCGAGCGAUAUCAAUAAUGCAGACUUUUCAUAAUGCCAAAUCCCUUACAAUUUCCGAGUCUAUUAUUGAGCUUUUGUCCAAUUUUUCAAAAAAAAUGGUGACACAAUGUUCACCAUUCUGGGGUUUGAAGUUUUUGAAGUUGGAUCAGGAUGUAUUUGACGAAAUACCUUCGGAAGUUAUAGAUUACUUGCUCCAAUGCUCUGUUGAUGCAAAAGUUAGUCGUGUAAAGCUUUAUAAGGGGAUAAGUGCACGAAAGUGUAAGAAACGUUGUUACCGUUGCUAUCGGUAA